AUGUCCAAUUAUGUUAAGUUUAUGAAGGAGGUGUUGACAAAGAAGAAGAAAUUUGGGGAUUAUGAAACUGUGAGCUUAAUUAAGGAAUGUAGUACCAUAAUUCAGAAGAAGCUUCCUCAAAAGCUUAAAAAUCCAAGUAGUUUUUCAAUUCCUUGUGAGAUUGGUGGUUUGAGAUUUGAAAAGUCUUUAUGCGAUCUUGGGGCUAGUAUAAAUUUAAUGCCACUUUCGGUAUUCAAAAAGUUUGGUGAAGUAAAACCCACAACAAUUUUGUUACGAUUGCCAGAUCGAUCAUUCACUUAUCCAAGGGGAAUAAUAGAAGAUGUUCCAAUAUAA